AUGAACGGAGACAACGACUGUGCAAAGAGAGCUAGGGAUGAUGCUCAAAUGCCAGAGAAAAUACAAAAGGCCUUCAAUGAUAUUGCCAAAUACUUCUCUAAGAAAGAGUGGGAAAAGAUGAAAGCCUCAGAGAAAAUCAUCUAUGUGUAUAUGAAGAGAAAGUAUGAGGCCAUGACUAAACUAGGUUUCAAGGUUACCAUUCCAACUUUCAUGGGUGACAAAGGGGCCGCAGACUUCCAGGGGAAUGAUUUUGUUAAUGACCGUAACCGUGGGAAUCAGGUUGAACGUCCUCAGAUGACUUUCGGCAGGCUCCAGGGAAUCAUCCCGAAGAUCAUGCCCAAGAAGCCAGCAGAGGAAGGAAAUGAUUCGAAGGGAGCGCCAGAAGCAUCUGGCCCACAGAACGAUGGGAAACAGCUGUGCCCCCUGGAAAAAGCAAGUACCUCUGAGAAGAUUCACAAGAGAUCUGGUGUACCUCAGAGAUAUUGCAGGUUCAGUUCCAGACCACUGCAAUAA